GACCGUUGAUUUAGCAGGAGCUAAUGUGAAACCGGCAAUUCGCCACACGCGCUGCUGCCAGUGUCUGAGCUAAAAGCCUCACAGCUACCGGCGCGGGAGGUGCUUCAAUAAAAUCACUUCAAAUUCAAUCCAAACACAUAUUACUGAUUCCCUCUUGCUGAAACCAGUUGACCAAAGAAAUGGUGAUGGAGAAGCCAAGUGCCCAGCUUGUCGGGCGAGAGUUUGUCCGACAGUACUACACCCUGCUCAACCAGGCUCCUGACUACCUACACAGGUUUUACGGCAAGAACUCGUCUUAUGUACACGGUGGUCUGGACAACAAUGGCAAACCAGCUGAAGCAGUCUAUGGGCAGUCUGAAAUCCAUAAGAAGGUGAUGGCUCUGAGCUUCCGUGAUUGUCACACUAAGAUCAGGCAUGUCGAUGCUCAUGCCACCCUGAACGAGGGAGUGGUGGUGCAAGUGUUGGGGGAGCUGUCCAAUAACAUGCAGCCCAUGAGGAAGUUCAUGCAGACAUUUGUUCUGGCCCCCGAGGGAUCUGUUGCAAACAAGUUCUAUGUACACAACGAUAUCUUCCGGUACCAGGAUGAGGUGUUUGGGGACUCUGACUCAGAACCUCCUGAGGAGUCUGAGGAGGAUGUGGAGGAGCUGGAACGGGUGCACUCACCUGAAGUGGUCCAGGAGGAGUCUGCUGGGUACUACGAACAGCCGCCUUGCGUGGAGCCUGAGGGGCCGCAAGAAGAGGUGUCUGUAACCCCAGAGCCCCAGCCUGAGCCAGAAGCAGAGGUGGAGCCUGAGCCAGCAGCUGUGGAGCUGAAAUCGGAACCUGUCAGCGAGCCUGAGGUUCACACUGAGGAAAAGAUCCAGAGAUCUCCCCCUUCGCCCACACCUGCUGACACGGCACCUGCCAUGCCAGAGGACAACCGGCCGUCUUCAUGGGCUUCAGUCACUAGCAAGAAUCUCCCACCAGGAGGAGUGGUCCCCGCCACAGGAGUCCCUCCACAUGUUGUCCGAGUCCCAUCUGCGCAGCCGCGCGUGGAGGUGAAAGCAGAAACACAGACCACAGCACAGAGACCCCAGAGAGACCAGAGACCACGUGAUCAAAGGCCAGGACCCUCUCCAGCCAACAGAACAGCAAGGCCAGGAGGUGUGCAAAAGAGUCAUCAAUCUACAGUGCGGGAGGGUGAGAGCGGGGAGUCGGAGGUGCGGCGAACGGUCCGGUAUCCCGACAGCCACCAGCUCUUUGUCGGAAAUGUACCUCACGAUGUGGAUAAGAGCGAGCUCAAGGAAUUCUUCGAACAGUUCGGCACUGUCCUUGAGCUGAGAAUCAACAGCGGCGGAAAGCUGCCUAACUUUGGAUUCGUGGUGUUUGAUGACGCUGAGCCCGUGCAGAAGAUCCUCAGCAAUCGGCCCAUUAAACUGCGAGGAGACGUUCGGCUGAACGUAGAGGAGAAGAAGACCCGCUCGGCCCGUGAAGGUGACAGGCGGGACAUCCGCCCCAGAGGCCCGGGGGGACCACGCGACAGGGUAGGCGGGUCAAGGGGACCGCCUGCCCGCGGAGGCAUGGCUCAGAAACCCAGUUUUGGAGCUGGUCGAGGCACAGGACCCAGCGAGGGCCGCUACGCAGGACCACGUCAGUGAGGCAGCUCCCACGUCAUUCACUGCUGAUGCAAGUCACCCUGGAUAACACCGAUGGCUUCCCUGUUCCCUGUCUCCAUCCCUCACUCCAGGACCCAGGAGUGCGAUUGUUCUUCUUUAUCUGGACUCUUCCUUUUAUUUCUGAGAUUGAACUUGAAUUUGUUGUAGAAAAACAAAACUACUUGAAUUGGGGAAAGGAGAAACCUAGCAUUUGGUUUUAGCAUUCUCUCCCUGUUUCUUAAAGGAACGUGUUUUUACUGCUUGGGCAAUCCUGUGUAUUGCUAGCACCCGCUUUCAGGUCAAGUGCAAGUAUGGUUUUAUUUGGAUUCGUUGCCAAGUCAAAUCAUGGUUGUGUGUGAGUGACUAUCUAGCAUGUAAAGAAUCCUGUUUGCCUUCUACUGUUGCACUUCAUCAAUGACAACAUAUUUUAACAACUCCACUGUUGAGAGAACAAAAUAAACUCUAUGUACUAUUUUGAAGCAUGGGUGUGUCUUGUCUGGGGGAAGGAAUACGGACAGGGUUUCCUAUAGCCAUUGGAAAAUGUGGAAAUACAAGAAUUGGACUUCCAGGCUUGGAACUACAAAUUAAUGUAGUGUUCUUGUAGCUUACAGACUAUGGAAGGUAUUUCCUGCUCAUUUGAAAUGAUCAAUUAAAUUAUGAAAAUGGAAACCAGAUGAACAAUUUUAUUGGAGAACUGCACGCAAAAUAUGCCAAAAUCGAAAAUGAAAUGAUUUUUUUUAUUUUUAAUUCACACUGUGACAAUGUGUCGUCCCUGUCAAAUUGAAAAAUAAAAUGCAGCUGGUGAUUUGA